UUUUGGUUCCUCCUCCUUCUGGUUCCUCCCUAUUGCUCCUCCUCCGCCCGGUUCCUCCCUCUGGUUCCUCCCUCUGGUUCCUCCUUCGCCCUGGUUCCUCCUCCGCCCUGGUUCCUUCUUGUGGUUCCUCCUCCGUCAGCCCCUCCGUUCCUGUUCCUCGCUGGCCAAUGUUUGUGUUGUUGGUGGGAACAUGGCGCGGGUGACUAUCUUCAGCUGCGCCUGUUGUCUGAGAGCUCUAUGGACACCAGAAGAGAUAGAGCAGCACACAAGAUCACAACAAAUUGAUAAAGAAAUACAAAAAGACCGGCAAAGAUACAGACGGCAGGUUAAACUUUUAUUGUUGGGGGCGGGAGAAUCAGGGAAAUCGACCUUCCUGAAGCAGAUGCGCAUCAUCCAUGGCUACCGAUUUGGACACGAUGAGGUCGAUGAAUAUAGAGAAACUAUUUACAAAAAUAUUGUUAUGGGCAUGAAGGUGUUGCUAGAUGCAAGAGACAAGCUCAGAAUACCCUGGGGAGAUCCAUCACGAGAACCUUAUGGGCAACAUGUAAUGAAAUUUAUGGGGUCUAUGUCCCUUGACAGACAUGUAUUUCUUGAAUAUGUACCCAGUGUCAAAGAGUUGUGGAAGGACUCAGGCAUCCGUCUAGCAUACAGCAGACGAGCAGAAUUCCAAUUGACUGACAGUGUAUCAUAUUUUUUCGACAAUUUAGACAGAAUAGGUGUUUUGGAAUACAUCCCCACAGAGAAGGACAUUCUCCACUGCCGCAAAGCCACCAAAGCAAUCACAGAAUUCACAAUACCUAUUCAAAAUGUACCAUUUCUCUUUGUGGAUGUAGGAGGGCAGCGUACACAAAGACAAAAGUGGUUCCAGUGUUUUGAGAGUGUUACCUCAAUAAUUUUCUUAGCAUCAUCCUCUGAGUUCGACCAAAGGUUGUUGGAAGAUAGGAUCACAAAUAGGUUAGAAGAGUCGCUCAACAUCUUUGGAACAAUAGUGAACAACCGAAGUUUUCGUGAUGUCUCCAUCAUUCUCUUCUUAAACAAGACUGAUCUCCUUAUUCAGAAAGUCAGAUCAAGACAGAGCAACAUUUCUCAUUAUUUUACAGAUUUUGUGGGUAACCCACAUGACGAAAGAGAUGUCCAGCAGUUUAUCUUGCACAAGUUUGUGGAACAACGGCGAGCAGAUAACAAUCGACGGCCACUGUUUCACCAUUUUACAACAGCUGUUGACACAGAAAACAUAAAAGUUGUCUUUAACUCUGUGAAGGACACCAUUCUCCAACGCAAUUUGGAAACACUUAUGCUCCAGUGAAAAGUAGGAAGAGUUAGCUGUAAGGCCACAUCUUAGCACAGUUCACAAAACAGACUACUUACUGUAAGAAGCUCAAAAUGAUUAUUUGAGUUAUUAAGAAUGGUUAUGACCAAAUGUCAUUUUUGUAAGAAUUGAUAUAGUUAUAGCAGACUCAUUCAGACAUUUAUGGGUGCAUGUUUCUGGAGAUAAAAACUUAGAUCAGCUGAAGUGGCUGAACACAAAUGCAAGGCAGUAAAAAGUUCAGUUAAAUGAGCUCUAGAGUCUUUACACUGUGACUAGAUCUAAAGAGUACCUAAUGUGAUAGUAGAAGACCCUAAUAUUGACUUAGGAAAUAAGGAAGGAUCCCUUUUAUACUGUACCAUUGAUGUCUUGUGGUUGAAUUACCUUCCCCCUUCAUUCAUUUGUUUCUUUUUGUUUUGUUUUUCAUAAGAAGGUAGUGUCUGUAAGUACAAUGCUCAAAGCUUAAAUAAAAAGACCCAUUUUUCAGAUAACUGAUGUCAUAAGUAUUUGAUUGUAGUUAACAUGAAAGAAAAUGAUAGCAGAACCUGGGGAAUGCCAGCUGUAAGGAUAUUAGCAUUUUCCAGCCUUGUGGUUUUUAGUCAUGUUAUUGACAAGAUGGAAGACUACCACAUCCUUUGCUUGCAAGUAAUUUAUUAUCAGGACAAAUUGUGGAAAGGAAUCAGUUUAUCAAAGCCACUUUCUUGAUAAUAUGGCUAUGAAGUUCCACAUAAAAUAUAUCUUCUUUUCUCUGAAAUAACUUUUCUGACAAGCAGUACAUGAUGAAAGCACAAAAGAUAUGAUAAGACUGACCUUUUCCAUACCCUUUAGACAGUUUAAGACCUAUUACAAAAUACUUGCAUGCAUUAUUACAAGUUUAUUCAUUUAUUUAAGUAAAACUAUGACCGUUUGUAUGAGCUUAAUUAAGUAGAUAAAUCUUAACCAUUAAUUGUAAUGCCAGACUUCAUUUCCUUCUGUGCAUGCUGAACAAUAUUUGUGUGUUUGUAAAUAUUAAUAGAUAAUAGUCUGUUACUUUUUUCAUUAUGCAGAAUUUCCUAUUGAUGUGUCUGCAUUUAUACCUGGUUUAGCCUAACAGGACAAUUUGUAAGGAGUAUAAUCAGCUGUCAAGAAUGAAUCAAUGUUAACCCAUAAUUAGUUCAAUGCAUAAUGGAAAUAUCUUUGAAUAUAUCUUACAUAAAUGCAGGAAAGCAAGUUGCUCUUUUUACUUUUUUUUACUUAUUUUUGCAUUUUAUUUAUGGGAUGGAAAUUUAUCUUUCAAAGUUAUCUAAUACUGAUAUUUUUUGUUUUGUAAGUUCAAACACAAACAGUUUUUGCUUGAGUAUCUGUUUAGGUUACUCAGGGAGGGAGUGUUCCACAUAAGGGUGACAUAUUUAAUUGGUCAUAUGACAAUAACUUGUACUCCUUUAGUGGUUAAAUUAUAUGUUUGUUUAUACUGACAAGUAGUGGUAAGAAUGGUCAGCAUUUUUCUGUAUCCCUGGUGUAAGUUGUUGAUAACUUAGGAAAGUGUGCUUUGAAAUGGUUGAAGAAGGGUUUUCCAAUUCAGCAGCUAUUUUUAGGCAGCACAGAGGUAAGCAGAUGAUGCAUUUUACAUUUUUAUUUUUAUAUCUGAUUUAUUGCAAAGCUGCUUUUGUUUGCAAUAUAAACAGCUACUGAUACUGCAAGUCCUUCCAGCAUAUUCAGUCUUCAACAAAAGCUUGUAUAACAGAGUAUGUAGUAUUUUACAAAUGCAGAUCAGAUGGUUAGAUUCUCAGUGGAUAUUACUUUCCACUCAUGUUAUUGUUUUACAGUUUGUUAAAGACUAUGGUUCUUUCUAAAUACAUACAUUUACAAUACCAUCUUUUCAAGCAACUUGUUUUUCUUUCUGUACAAGGUGGAUUUGCUGUUAUAUUUGCAUUUAUUUUGAGGUAUGAUAGUAUGAUAACCUUCUGCCCCUUAUCAAUAUCCUUCCUUCCUUUUCCUCUAUAGCCUGUUUUAAAUACCAUAAAUGUGCAGGUGAAAUGUGUUAUACAUUCAGUUUAAUGACUUUUGGAGGAUAAGGAAAGCCAUAUUAUGGAAGGAGUUUCCACCUCAGCAAACCCAAUUGCCCAACCACUGCAGAUGAUGAUGACUAUUGUAUAUAUGGAAAGAGUACAGUUACUUUACUCUGGCUUGCCAUAAAUUAGUUUUGUACUCAACCUUGCUCCAGAUAUUUUAUUUGCUUUGCUGUAGAUAUCAUCUCAUGUUUUUUCUUCAUAGGCCAGCUAAUACAUCUAGUCACAUCAUGCUGAUGAUGUAAUGUGUAGCAGCUGUUCAUGCCUCGUUAUUCCUUUAUAAACUUGAAAUAUGAAAAACCAUUUUUUUCCAGAUAAUAGUGAUAUAUUAGUGAUACCCUUUGAAAAAUGGUUUUGUUUCAUAUUUUUAUGUCUGUAUUAAGAUAGCCAUGAAUUAUUGUUUUUCCUUCAUAAAUCCAUUCACCAAAUGACAUAUGUAAGAUCUGUGUGAAAAGUGAAUUAAUACUGCAUAUUCCCUGAGUAUAUAUAACUGUUACUCUUUUUUCAGCUGUAGUUGAGUUCCAUGUAAAGUAAUUGACAGGAAAUAAGGAGCCUUCAAGGGGGUUGAUUAUAUUUAUUGAUUAUACAUGUAUAUUGUUUUAUUCUUUUUAGUAUAUCAGUAUGCAACAUUACCAAUAGUAACUAGGUGCUUCCAUGCUUAUGUGAAUUUCUUCCAUUGGUUACAUGUAUCCAAGAUUUGUCAAUCUGCCAUUAGUACAAUUUCAUACCUGAACCGAGAACCAAUGACAUUUGCAAUAAGACUGCAUUUCUGUACAUAUUUCAUUACUCUAUACAAAAUUAAAUUGCAUGCAAGAUGAAUUUAGCUUGAGACUAUAAAACAGUUAUUAUAUGAGAUGGGUGAUUGUGAGUCUCACAGAGGUAAAGCUUAUGUAAGUUUUACUCUGAUUAUUAACUUUUUAAUUUGUUUCCUGUCCAAAAAUAUUUAAAGCAAUAAUAUGUUGAGGUAAAAUGAUGUGUAGAAUGAGUAGAGAAUUUGUGAAUUAUUAUUAUAUUGAGAUGGCUAAGUAUUUUAUUUUUUAUAUAAAGUCAUGUAAUUGUUGAUUGAAUAAUGAUUGAAGUUGUUCAAGACUAUUAUCAGCAUUUAGCUUUCAGAUACAGUUGUGUUAGUAAAUAGUUGGAAAGAGAAAGAUGAAAGCUAAAUAGAAGACUAAACUAAACAUGUUUAAUAAGAUCUAACCAUGAUUGUUUUUAAAUCUUUUGAAGAAUUCAGAUACAGAUCCAUGUCUGUUAUUGCAAAUAGAUUUACUGCUCAAAAAAUCAAAAUUAUGCCAUUAAGAAGCUGUGUACAAUAGAUAUGUUUGCAUACAUUAUAUAAAAGUAAUGUAUAAAAGCUUACAUUUGCUUCUAUUUUUGGCCUCAUAUGUGAACAUUGGCAACACCUGUCUGCUAGAGUUUGAGACAUUUGAUUUAUCGUUAUGUGUUCUGUAUUUGCAGAAUACAAUGCAUGUAAGUGAGCACACAGUUGAUGAGUGUGUGUGUUGUAUGUACAUGCAUGUGUGUAGGCAUGUGCAUGCUUUCAUAUGUCUUGUCUGUGUGUUAGUAAGAGUAUAAGGUUGCAUGUUUAUUUUUCCUUUGUUUUACUGCUUUGUAAACAUCUUGAACAUCUUUCCUAAAGCUGAGCCAUUUAUCUGACGAAAGCAAGAAUAGACUAAAUCUAUAAAAGGGAGUCAAUCUGAAAGACAUCAGUGUAGCAUAGUAGUAUGAUGUAUAUUUUUUUCUUUUUCUUUUUUCCUCUUAACUCGUGGAGUAGUUCCCCUUUUUGAUCCCACCGACUGGUGUACAGUACAGUGAAUAACUUUUCUCUUUUUUUCUUUUUCUUUCUUUCUUCCCCUUGAGGACAAAGACUCAGGGCAUCAUCUGCUGAAAACAAAAGAACUGAGCACAACCUAAGCUAUACCUCAUGCUCCACGGGUUAAUUGAUAUUUAUGUAUAUUAUGAAAUGUACUGAAAAUUCUUCAUAGCUACAAUGCACCCAAAAACUAAUUUACAGUUGGAAUUUUUAGACAAUAUUACAGUGUAUCAGGCACACCAUUAUAAGUCUGAUGCAUUUGAAGUAGACAAGGGGUAGCAGAGUAUAAAUGUUCAUUCUUGUAUUUUAUUAUAUUGAUUUACAGAUAGCUGUAAUAAGUAGUUUGAGAAGCUAGUUGGAUCAAAUUCAUUGUCAAGAGAGGAAAAAAAAGCUAUUGGCCAUUAUGUAUCUCCAUAUAAUAAUAUUAUGUUCACUAUGAUGCAUAUUAGCUUAUAUAUUACACUAUUUUCUCUCUCUGGAUGUAAUGCUCAAAUACUGUUAAGAGGAUACAUUUUCCAUGUUUCAAAAACCUGCAUAGAUAGUAAAACUGUAAUGGAGCUGUAAAGCAUACUUUAUAUUCAGCACUGUAUGUUAUUAUUUUCUUUUGGUGUUGUAUAUAUAUCGUGAGGGAAAUGCUACCCUCAUGAUGGGUCACAAAUCAUGCCUUCUUUUUCUGCUGCUUUGCAAUCAGUUCAAAUUUUGGGCAGUGAUAACUUUUGAGUGUUUUUGUAUUGUUGUUUGUUAUAAAGAGUAUUUAUUUAU